AUGUCCAACGAAACUCAGAUUCAUCCAAAUGCCCCAUGUGCUUUCUCCGACGUGUUUCCUUGUUUUGUUUCGCUUGUUUGGUGCCAGGACUCCACCCCCUCGUCACCCUCCAAGCUCAAAGUGAUGCGUGAGGAGGUGGCUGCGAGGACAUGGCCGAAUGAGGCCUUUUUCACCAGUGCGGCCACAGAAGCCGUCACGAACGUGGUGAUGACUCAUGCAUGGCGCGGGUGCAGGUCCGUGAGCGGCUUGGCGGACUUGGCGGCCGUGUUGCUUUAUGGCCUUUCAAGCACCGGGCUCAUGAAGGAUGCUGAGGCCGAUACCUUCUGGUCCUUGUCCGAGCUCUUGGCUGAGGAGUCGAUCCUGGGAGAUGAAGCCUUGGCCUGGCAGGCCAAGCGCCUGCACCGGCUGCAUCUCAGUUUCGACCCUCCGGUCGCCGAGCUCUUGCAGGAACAUGGGCUAGAGGCAAUGCCCGCCUUAAGGCUGGGAGCGUUGCUGCUUAGCCGCGCGGGCUUUCCUUUGGUUCAGCUGGCUCGGCUCUGGGAUGCGCUCUUGGCCGAUCCCCGCCGCUUCGAGUUUGCGGAUGACCUCGUUCUCGCCUUGCUCUUGCUGACGCGAGGGGAUUUGCUGCAGCGCGACGACGUGGGCGGCCUGGCCGAGUCCUUGCUGGCGGCGCCACUGGUCGUGGAUCUGGAGCUGUUGCUGCGGAGGGCGUAUGCCAUUUGCGCUCUCCGGCGGCAGCACGGCCCCAAUGAUCAAAUGCCCUUCCCCAAGCUGCCUGAAGGCAUUGACCUCGACAGCGCAGUGGCCGCCGCCCAGGAAGGCCUCUCCUCACUCUGGGGCAAGGUGCGUGCGGCCGGCGCCGGGUACUGGGAAGCAGCGUCCGAAGUGGACUGGGGCGCUCAGGUGGUGCGAGCACGACAGGUGGUGGCCGAACGAGCACCACUCAUUCAACAGCAGCUGUCUCAGGCCACGAGUGCCAUGGCCGAGGCGGCCGCCAGUGCUGCGGCGGCCUUAGAAGCCCAAGCGAAGGAGAAUGAAGAGGUCCAGGCCCUUCCAACGGACACGGCUCCCACGGCCACAGCGGCCACGGCCACAGCGGCCACGGUGAUGCCGCCAGUCCAGGCCGAUGACGACGUCCAGGUCCACUUCGAAGCAGGUCCUAGCGAGGCAAGCGAGGCCCCACAGCUGGUGCUUGCUCCCGAAGGAAUCCUGUGGACGAUCUAG